GUGCAAUAUGAUAGCAGUAGCACAAGGCUGAGGAAGCAAGCCCGUUGGCAAGUAUCCAUUGGAUGAGAUAAUAGCUCAAGCUCUGGUUCCAGAGAGUGCAACAUUCCCAACCUCUUCUCAUUUUCAUAUCAGUGGGUCGGUAGUCAAAAUCUAAUAUUGCAACCACCGAUUGAUUCACGUCAUAGUGGAAAUGGACACGAUGAAGCCCUCAGACUCCCAAAUCCAAAUCAUCCACGCCACAUCGCGGGCUAACCCCACUUAUUCCCAGUCCGUCUUCCUAGCGGGUUCAACCGCGAAGACAGACACCGCAGACUGGCGCAUCGCGGUGAGCGACUCUCUCGCAGACUUACCCCUCACCGUCUUCAACCCCUUUCGUGCCGACUGGGGUAGGGACUGGACCGAUUUGGCAUGCCGGCCUUAUCGGGAGCAGAUUGAGUGGGAGCUGGACAUGCAGGAGCGGGCGGACGUGGUGCUGGUGUACCUCCACCCCGUGACGGAUGCGCCUGUAAGCAUGCUGGAGCUGGGACUGUGUGUUAGGAGUGGGAAGGCGGUGGUUUGUGUGCCUGAGGGGUUUAGAAGUCGGGCGAAUGUUCUGCUUGUUUGUGCAAAGUUUGAGGUCGAAGUUGUGGAGGGCAUUGAGGGGUUUAGGGGGGCCGUUUUGAGGAAGUUGGGCAUGGAAGAUUGACAGAGCGGAUGCUCUAUAGCUUCAUAUUCCUGUAAAUAUGCCCUUCUCGUUCGGCUGCGAGACUUGGAGCAGCUCAUGACAGCCCGUGGUAGUUGUUUACACCCUGUGGUGGCGAACAACUCGUGAGCAAACAUCCAAGUUGGCAAAGGCUAUCACUGGGUUAAGCAAGCACAGCAGACUCAAGAGUUCAGGGAUUAAAUUGUCGGCAUGAACGAUGGGUAAACUUGAAAUGAGCGGUGACAUGGGCUUAGUAAACGUGUUCCAGAGCGUUUAUAUCCUUUUCGAGGCUCACUGUCACCAUACCAUGAUACUCAUCGUGACUUCCUGUCGGGUAUUUGGUCUGCCAAAAUGGAAGAAGGUACUCCAGGGCUCCGCUUAUCCCUGCCCCGCCACUUCAAGUGCCGCUUCCGAGUUGUCAAAUGGAGGG